UCGAAGUAACAACACGCACUCUGAUUGGCUAUGUAGACUCCCACGAGGGGUCGCAUGCGAAAGAUUUGCAAAAGGGUUUAUUGUUUCUUUGCUUCGGCAACCGAAAUUAUUUGCUAUCCGCUCUGUUCUACGGUGAAAUAAGGAGACGGAAAAAUGGCUGGUGGCAAGGCAGGAAAAGACAGUGGCAAAGCCAAGGCAAAAGCAGUGUCACGUUCCCAGAGAGCUGGGCUGCAGUUUCCGGUGGGUCGUAUCCACAGGCACUUGAAGACUCGCACAACCAGCCAUGGUCGUGUAGGAGCCACAGCAGCUGUGUAUAGUGCAGCUAUCCUUGAGUACCUCACUGCUGAAGUACUUGAGUUGGCAGGCAAUGCCUCCAAAGAUUUGAAGGUGAAACGUAUUACCCCACGACAUUUGCAGCUUGCCAUUCGUGGUGAUGAGGAGUUGGAUUCCCUUAUCAAGGCAACAAUUGCUGGAGGAGGUGUCAUUCCUCACAUCCACAAAUCCCUCAUUGGGAAGAAGGGCCAGCAGAAGACUGCAUAGAUGCCACAUUGAACAGAAAUUUUGGGGCUUGAACUUUGAUUGGACCAGGAGUUCACAUUUGUUCUUUUUUUAUUAUUAAUAUUAUAGCAAACGAAGAGUGAUUGUUAGAAUUUGUGUUGUUAUAUUUUCCCAUAACUAGAAAAAAGUACAGAAACCCCGUUAACGUCAAAAUCCCUUUGUAUGUUGUUGUAGAACGUUUGACUGGGGAGUUAAUGAUUAUUUCAGAUGGUGAAGAUGAAUUUGUUUGAUUGGCCUGGGAUUCUGUAAUGUUUUAUACUGAAAAAAAGAAGUUGUUAAACCAUUUUUUAUAUAAAAGGAAAAUCUUG